UGCAUUGCUUAAAGCAGUCAUUGCUUCAAAUAUUGCUGGGGGCUUUGGAGCUACUGGGAUUCACGCCUACAAUCUCCAACAUGUUUUGAAGAGACUUCAAAAACAGCCUUUUACACUACCCGAACAGGCUGCUAUUGUGAUGGAACGGUCUAAUAAGAGAUGAACUGCAUAUUAUAUUGUCCCUAGUACGAGAAUACAAAGCUGGAGAAAGGAAAGAAAGAAGUAAACAAACCAAAACCAGCUACCUAACACAUCUAUAUCAUCCUGUCAGGCGAAUCCCGUUGCCCUACUACUUAGCCCUAACGACCCGAUUGGGACAGGGUCCGAAUCCGCGCCGUCACAGCUAUAGCAUCUUAUACACCGAUCUCAAUUAGGGAAUUGAGCAGGUAGUAUAAAAGGGCUAGACACCAGCAGAUUAGUGUUCUUGAAGGGUUGGACAGGCUUCAAUAUGAGAACAAGAAAAGCUUCAACAACGCGAAAAUCGUAUGUUACGCGAAGGUCUACAGAUUAAAGGGGUGCGAAGCAGGCGGAGCAAGCCCUGGAUGAUCCAAUUUUGGCAAACAGUCAGGGGUGCCAGACUCCACUGUUCGACUUUCUCCUGAAAAUCCAGUCAAGACCCGUAGAGAUCACUCUCGCGCUGCGUCGCUGCCAAUCACGCGGCCAGUAAAAGUAGGACGUUAGAAAGGAAGGAAUAAUCCUUGCAAGCCGCUGUAGAGGAUGUCACAAUACCGUUUUAUCAGGCAAACCGGAUCGCCUUGUUCCGUUUGGCCGUGGGGUCGUUGCAAAUCCAAAGCCACAGCCAUGGUUUCAGGACGUAUCGGGGAAUGGGACAGUGAGACCCAGAUGAUGCAUCUUUUUCCUACCCAGCUUGCCUUUAGGAGGAGGCGCCAACAGCCCAUCCCAGCCGAGGCUUAGCGAUACCUCGGCCGGUUGGCCAACUCAGAAACUGAAGUGCGUCUAUUAGGCCACCCACCCUAAGAUGAAUACACCACACCAGCUGACGAGACGCCAGCGAAAUGAUUGAGGCGAGGGUGGUGUGCCAGGCAAACCAUCGACUGUCUAGACUGGAACCAAGAAUGGAGAGCGUCCACGCCGUGGAUGCAGGCUAAGAAAACAUGCUGAAACAAGCCCGAAUCCAGUGAUCCGGCUAUGCCGCCGUCCGCGUAAUUUGUGGCCCGCUCCUCUGCAAGGGGCUGGCAGAAUGGGAAAAGGGAAAGGUAGAGAAAGGCCCUGGGCGUCGCAAUCAUCGUCUCUCUCACAGAGCUAGUCCCUUGAACGAGUGUGGGCUGGCGAGGUUGAGUGCGGAGCCAUAGCGUCCAGCAUGACAGGACGGGCGCGGGUAAGCAGUCCAAGGUGAACGCGCGAGCAUGAGUGAAAGGAAAGCAGAUGGAGGCUGCGUGUCGAGCGGCUGGCGGCGGAACUUUCCAUGCCAGGUCUAGCGCAGAGCACCACACCCGAUCGGGCGGCGCUAAACCGCAACAGGAAGGUCACCCCAAACGGCGGCGCGCUGGCAAAUGCGAAGCGUAUGUUCAAGCCUCAAUAUUUCUCUUGACGCGAAACCCAGCCGACGGGAGUGGAUGGGAUUUCGACCCUUCCCAAUGGAUUACCCAGAGACACAAUAUGGACACCCAAUGGAUUCUGGCAUUGAAUGGCUUGAAGAACAGGGCAAUCCCUGAGCUUCCUCUGCCCAGAGCAUGCCUAGAGUAGGCUCAACUCCCCAUGAAGAUUUAAAACCAUUCCGCUUCAGGUACCUAACCCAAACCAAGCCUCGGAAACUUUUCUUGCUUUGAUUUAUUCUCUUGCCGUUGAGACUUCUGCAAGAAGUAACUUGGUCUAUGCGAGGCGGUCUCCCAAAGCAUUUGUUUACAGAAUGGUGUAUCUGGUUUUAUACCUUUUCGCGCAUCCAGGCCUAGGACCUGUUUCAAGCAUUCCCUUAGCAUCUUCAGACAAAAGAUCAAAGCUUCUCCGUUGCCUGAUCUUCGAGACUUCAUUAAAGCAAAAUGCAAAAUGCGGACUCCUCGCCUCACUCCUAUCAAAGUCAAGCACCAUGUAGCUUUCGCUUUGAUGGUGUCUAGUCAAAGAUAGAAUCAGGCAUGCUUGAGUGUUCAUUCAAUCAUCACUAUAAACUCCCAGGCUCUUUUCCCCACUUCACACCUCUGAGGAGAAGCUAUAUAGAGCAGUGCACCCUGCGUGACAGCUUUUUUCCUUUAAUUUUUGAAUUCCCUCUUCCAUGCCCUUCAGUAUGGAUAGCAAGACACAGAGUAGAGCAGUUCUUGUAGAACUGCUCCAUUCCUCCAUACCUCUCAUCCCCUUGUUAUUCCUUUUUGUCUCUGCUUGCCUUCAAAAAUAUCCGCCAAGCGCAACGCGACUCCUGAAGCAUUGGC